AUGACUAUUCGAAUCAUUAUUUGUUUGUGCCUAAUUUUAAGCACUGUGACUUUGGGUAGAAGAAGUCGAAUCGUUGGCGGCACAGAUGCAGACAUAAGGGAAUUUCCUUAUAUUGCAUCAUUGAGGAAAGUGAGCACCAAUGAGCAUUUUUGUGGGGCUACCAUAAUUACGAACUGGCACUUACUUACAGCAGCUCAUUGCUUUUUAAGUGAAACAGAUAAACUUGACAUGUUUAGAGUCUAUACCGGAACCAGCAAUUCCUCUGAUAUAUCCGGACCGUCAUAUAAGAUUGCUUACGUCGAUCUUCACCCAAAGUACAAUGGAAAAAUAACUCCGACUGGCAGCCAUGCCCACGACAUUGCUAUAAUAACUGUCUGGCGACCCAUUGAAUUCAACGAGUUCCAGAACAAAGCCAAGUUACCUACGCGAAACUCUCUUGCCAAUGAAAAAGGUUACAUUAGCGGUUGGGGUUCAAAAGACUAUCCGUCAGAUGAAACUUCGGAACAAUUGCAAAAGGCGAAAAUGUCAAUCGUAGAUCAAGAUAAAUGCUCAAAAAUGGUUGACUUUAUAAUCAAACCGGAACAAUUGUGCGCAUUCCAAAGCAUUGGAAUCGGAUCUUGUAUUGGAGACAGCGGCGGUCCAUUGAUCAUUAAUAGGGAGGUUGUUGGCAUUUCUUCGUUUAAUCUUCCAUGUGCCAGAGGACUUCCCGAUAUUUACACGGACGUAUACAACUACUUGGAUUUCAUACUACCACACAUAAAGAUGUAAUAAUACAAAUAGGCCAUAUUUUCACAUUCUCUGCUUUUAUAAUUGAAACGUU